UCUCAUUUCAGCAUGUUAAGUAUGCAGUGUCUCAGUGUGUGUUGGUCUGGAUUAGUAUUUCUGUGACCUUGGCAAAUUGCUUACUCUUUUGGAUUUUUUUUCUUUUCACAGAUGCAUUUUGUAGGAGUAUUUUGAGGAUGAAUGUUUGCAAAUCAUUUUGAAAUUGCCAAGUGCCACAUACAUGGGAUGCAUUUUGCUUUUAUGCUGGAGUUCACCCCUGCGGCUUGGAUUUAUCACAGUAGCAUCUGUCUUCGGUCUGUUUGUUAAGUAGAAAUCACGGAAAGACAUGAGGAGGCUUGUGUACUGCAAGGUGGUUCUCGCCACGUCCCUGAUGUGGGUUCUGGUUGACGUCUUCUUGCUCCUGUACUUCAGUGAAUGUAACAAAUGUGACGACAGGAAGGAGAGGUCCCUGCUACCUGCGCUCAGGGCUGUUAUUUCAAGAAACCAAGAAGGGCCAGGAGAAAUGGGAAAGGCUGUGCUGAUUCCUAAAGAUGACCAGGAGAAAAUGAAAGAACUGUUUAAAAUCAAUCAGUUUAACCUUAUGGCCAGUGAUUUGAUUGCCCUUAACAGAAGUCUGCCGGAUGUCAGAUUAGAAGGAUGCAAGACAAAGGUCUAUCCUGAUGAACUUCCAAACACAAGUGUAGUCAUUGUGUUUCAUAAUGAAGCUUGGAGCACCCUCCUUCGAACUGUUUACAGUGUUAUAAAUCGUUCUCCACACUAUUUACUUUCUGAGGUCAUCUUGGUGGAUGAUGCCAGUGAAAGAGAUUUUCUCAAGUUGACAUUAGAGAACUAUGUGAAAAAUUUAGAAGUGCCAGUAAAAAUUAUCCGAAUGGAAGAGCGCUCGGGGCUGAUCCGAGCCCGCCUCCGAGGAGCGGCCGCUUCGCGAGGACAGGUCAUCACGUUCCUGGACGCGCACUGCGAGUGCACCGCCGGCUGGCUCGAGCCGCUGCUGGCCCGCAUCAAGGAGGACAGGAAAACAGUUGUGUGCCCCAUUAUUGAUGUGAUUAGUGAUGAUACUUUUGAAUACAUGGCUGGGUCAGACAUGACUUAUGGGGGUUUUAACUGGAAACUGAAUUUUCGUUGGUAUCCUGUUCCCCCAAGAGAAAUGGAUAGGAGGAAAGGAGACAGAACAUUACCUGUCAGGACCCCUACUAUGGCUGGUGGCCUAUUUUCUAUUGACAGAAACUACUUUGAAGAGAUAGGAACUUACGAUGCAGGAAUGGAUAUCUGGGGUGGAGAGAAUCUUGAAAUGUCUUUUAGGAUUUGGCAAUGUGGAGGCUCACUGGAAAUUGUGACUUGCUCUCAUGUGGGCCAUGUUUUCCGGAAGGCAACUCCAUAUACUUUUCCUGGUGGCACUGGUCAUGUCAUCAACAAGAACAACAGGAGACUGGCAGAAGUUUGGAUGGAUGAAUUUAAAGAUUUCUUCUACAUCAUAUCCCCAGGUGUUGUCAAAGUGGAUUAUGGAGAUGUGUCAGUCAGAAAAACACUAAGAGAAAAUCUGAAGUGUAAGCCCUUUUCUUGGUACCUUGAAAACAUCUAUCCGGACUCCCAGAUCCCAAGACGUUAUUACUCACUUGGUGAGAUAAGAAAUGUUGAGACUAAUCAAUGUUUAGACAACAUGGGCCGCAAGGAAAAUGAAAAAGUGGGCAUAUUCAACUGUCACGGUAUGGGAGGAAAUCAGGUGUUUUCUUAUACCGCUGACAAAGAAAUCCGAACCGAUGACUUGUGCUUGGAUGUUUCUAGACUCAAUGGACCUGUAACCAUGUUAAAAUGCCACCAUAUGAGAGGAAAUCAGUUAUGGGAGUAUGAUGCUGAGAAAGCAGGUAAAUGGGAAUAUAAUUUCAAGACCCACACCCUCCUUCAUCUAAACACCCAGGCCUGUCUCUCAGUAAGAACAGAAACUGAUGGCUCCCAACAGCCCACUGUGGAAAUAUGUAAGGAUAGCUCUUUGCAAAAGUGGCUACUAAGAAACUAUACAAGAGCGGAAGUUUUUAGAAAUAUUUUUGAGAAUCCUACUGAUUACGUUCUCUAAUAAUUUUUGGAGGUUUGUGUUGCAGAGUUCAUUAAUACCAGUUUAGUAUUUUUGUUAUUGAAAUCUAGAAACUUCUUUAAAAUGCGAUUAAGAAAGAUCUUUGUGUGCUAUAUUUCUCCAGAGUUGUUUUUCUUUUACUUCUUAGCAGCUCCGUAAUUUGGGGUGUGCAUAUAUUAAGUAGGGUCUAGUCUGUAAUUAAUUAAUAGGUAUUUUCUAGUUGUUUCUUUAUUUCAAAUACGUAUGCAUAAAUAGGCUAACUCUAGCCACGACUAUAAGACAAUAGAUUUUGCAUUAGUGCUGAAAAAAAAUCAAUAAGAAAAUUAUCGUAGCUAAAAAUGGAUUUCGUUUGGAACAUUGAAAUUAUUUAAUUUUGUUAAUUUUAAUUCAUAUACUCUGAUUGUGUGCAGAUACAGCAUAUCCUUUCUGGACUUUAUUACUUUAAGCUGAAAUGUUAAGCAAAUGCAUUAUUGAAGACUAAGAUUAUUGGUUAAAUGAUAUAAUUAUAAUAAACCUUUUUUAAAAAAAUGUACCUUUUAUCUCUUACUUGUAUGAUUUGUGAAUAUCUCCUCAGUAACCAAUAAAAUGAAUCAUUAUCUAAUUUAAUUUUUAAAAAUAACUGGUAUAGAACUCUCGUAAAGAGUGCGAUUAAGAACAUGUCCUAGUUCUUUAUCUUAAUGCGUUUAUUGUCUUGUAAAUAAAGUAUAUUGCAUUUUUCAGUACCUUGCUAUCAGAACCCAGGGGAAGUUAGGGAGUUUUCCUGGUUCAGAU